AUGGAGAACCCGCGACCUAGGCGGCCGGAAGCGGCGCGGAGAGGGGGCUGGUCCGAGCGGUCGCAUGCGCACCCACGCGGCGCUGCUGGGCACGCCGGCGUGCACCACGAACCACAUGUACUACCCGGGCGGCGGCGGCGCGGCGACCACGGCCUCGUAAACCCCCACGUCCAGCUGCGCCACCCUGCGCAUGGCGAGCUCCACCACGCGCUGGUUCAUCCCGACUCUCGUGUCACUGCUUGCCUCCCCUCCUCACCUCAACUCUCUCGGCAACUCCUCCUCCUCACCCCACAGCUGUCUCAAGAGUCCAACAAGCCAAUGGCUCUCGUCCGCCAGCGCCACCAGCUGCCGCACCUCACCCUCCCGCUCGACCACUUCGCCCUGCGCCUGCCGCCGCAGCCUCAGCCCACCGCCGCGCCGUCCACCUCCACCUCCACGUCCGACGCCCGGCUCUCGGGCUAUGAGAGGCUCUCCGUUCUCCGCCACGGCAACGGCGGCACCGUGUACAAGGCGCGGCACCGGCGGUCCGCGCUUUGUACACCUCAGCGGCGCGCGAGGCCGAGAUACUCAUGCUCGCCGCGGACGCGCCUCACGUCGUGCGCCUCCACGCGGUGA